AUGAAGAAUAUGGGAACGGACGAGUCACGGCAGGAGUCGGAAGAUCCGCACGGAUCGCAAGAGCUCGAGCAGCUUUGCUUCUGGACAAGACCCAAGGACGGUCCGCCACGGAGCAAGCAAGAGUCGGUGCGUGCGCGUCGCACGUGGCAUAAUUGUUCAGAGGACGCCUACCAGUGUCCUGAAGCCAGUCAAUGCUAUCAACGCUCGAUGGUGAUCCCAGCGUCUCUCUCUACUGCUAAUAGCAGCAGCAGCAGCCUCAGCAUCUUGGGAGCACCGGAACGGGAACGGGAAAAGCGGCGCAUGAGUGCGUCGAUUGCAAGCAAUGACACGCCCAAUAAGCGACAAAAGGACGAACGCUUUGCAAUGAUCAUGGGUCUGGAGGAUGUGAGCGAAGACGAAGACGAAGUAACAACACAGCCAAGUGAGGAGGAGAAACGGUGGCUGUUGGUGGCUGACCAAUGCGUGAUAGCACAAGAACGACUGCUUCAUAUCGUGGACGAUUGUGUAGCUGCUCGAGAGGGCGUCUUCACUCCUGAACAGAUAGAGGGAUUGUGGAAGUGUUUCGAGGUGAGAGCGUUGCCGGAGAUGGAAAAGUGUGUGAAGGAGACGAUGGAUGCAUUGGUCAAGUGGGUGAAAGACGUGGAGAGGCAAGAGGAUGCACAAGAUAUUCAAAGACAUGGAGUGGUCUUGACCGUCGAAGUAGCAGCAAGGUUACCACCUCACUUAGUGGAUACAGAUGAGAUGACGGAUGGGGUACUGACGGAGAGUGCACUCGCGGCAAAAGACAAAGAAGUGGCAGCAAUUGUGCAAGCUGAAAACGACGUGACGGCAUCCAGUGCGUAUGCUCGCGCCAAAGCUGCAAAGCACGCUAUUGAGCGUCUCUCUUCUGCCUGCAAGGCUUAUAUGGAUUGGUUGAGUCAAUAUACAGAAACGGACGAAGUGAGCGGUAAAGAGAAGGCUCAAGUGGAAGCUGCACUAGAAGCCUUGGGCCAAAGACUGGCUAUGUUUGUGACUGAGCGUAUUGCUGAGGUGGAGAAAGCUGAACGUGCGCUGUCGGAGGCGAAAGAAAAAAAGGAGACCCGAUCAGCGCAAAUUGUAGAGUUUGUGCGCAAACAACACCAAGAACUCGUAUCUGCAGGUGAAACGGAAGCUUCAGCUAGUCUUCAGGCUGUCGUUGACGUCUGGAAGCAAAAGGACGUCGAGGUGCAGAUGCUGUGGAGCUCUCGCGAGGAAAGUGAAAACCAAGUGGAGGAGUCUACUCGUGCCCUGCUGGUCGCUCAGCACGCUUUGGCAUUCCACGAGACUUUAUCCGUUUUCUUCAGCAAAGUUCGCGAGCAGCGUGAGAAAGCCCUUUCAACUUCUCGUAGAAGCUUGAAGGACGCGCGUUCGAGGUCAGAGGCUCGUGCAACAACGGCACUUGAAGCGAUCAUUCCAAUGCUGACGCGUGCGCUGGGUCGUUAUUGUGAAUUUCACGCCGUUCAGCAGUCCAAGGCAAAUGGAGAAGUUGAAGAGCAAGAGAAGGCACUUGCUGCCCACAACGAGUACUUCGGCGACUCUGCACCUAUCAAGAAGAGCGACAUCGAGCAGCGUAUUCGUGAGUUCAUCGGAGUGCACCAAAGCUCGAUACAAGCGCUCAUGGAUAUUGCCGAUGGUCAGCAGGAGCUCUGGAAAAACAAGAACGCGGUCCUCUCGAAGUCAGUACGCAGUGUACUCAUGCGCCAGUUUCAGGCCUUUUGGCUACAUCUCAGUCGACCGAUUCAAGAUGUUAUGAGGCAGUGUCUGACGACGAUUGAAGAAAUUGCAGGCGAGGAUGUGGCUGUUGAGCCUCGCUUCGUCUCAAAUUGUCAGGCUGCUACUCCUCGAUUUGCCACGUCUGACGUGUUGGAUGAGCAGAUGAUUCCGGCAUUUAAAGUACCGACUUUUCCAGAGAGCCACGCCGAAGUCGUGACACCAUACCAACGAGCGAUCUCAGCGAUCGUUGCUCCAGAUGAGACUGCGGGCAGUGUGGUUGUCCAAGUGAUUGACAAGAAACGCGACAGCGUGGACUUUUCGAUUUCAAACAGCAACACGUUGACCGAGAGCACAAUGGAAACCAGGAACGACGGAGAGGUGGCUGCUUUGGUGCCGCGGGGAUCCAAAGCGCACAAUUUGCGCCACAGGUUUGCCGUGGGAUCUGUCCUGUACUUCAAGGUCAAUGUAGGCGAAGAUUGUGCGCAGUUUUUCCGUGGAAUUGUUUUACGUCAGCUGGACAAUGACAUGUACGAGAUGCAGUACGAUAAUGGUGAGAAGUUCACGGUGAAGAGCUCGUAUCUGUAUACAAAGGACCCGAUGGACCAAAGAUCGACAGCGCUUGAUCACGAUGCUGAGAUGGAAGACGUCGAGCAGAAACCGAGCACUGGUGGUUGUGUCAUGAUGUAG